AUGUCAUCAACUCAAAGGACUACACGCAGAUUGAGCGCACGCAUACAAGCCAAAGAUGCGACCAGAGGAGACGAGAACAGCUUACCCCAAUCGGACGAUGCGCCCACCAAUGGAGGGUCCAAAAACAAUGCGCGAAAGCGCAAACCGAGUUACGAGGAAGAAGACGAUGGCUUUAUGUUCAGCAGAGUGAAGAAGAAGCGACCCAAGGAUGUGCCUCCAGCUAUACCGGAGGAAGACGUCCCGGUCAAACAGAAUGCCAGCAUUGCCGCGACGAGGAAGCCUCUCGUCGCGCGCCCCGCAGAUACGACAGCGACUAUUGCAAUACAAAAUACUGAAGAUGGCACCGAAAUAGCCACGACGAAAAGACAAAAGAAGAAGAUGUCGUUUUCUACACCAGUAGCUACCGAGAAACAGCCAAUCCGAAAGUCAAAACGAUUAUCGCAUGAAGAUCAACAACACAAUCCCGUCCACAAACCGCGACGGAAAAUGGGAGUCGCACCCGAGAAGAGCGCUAGCCCAGUACCAUCGCCACGAAAGACUGUUGAAGCUGAGGUUCCGGCCGAGGUGGCGUCGGUUGGGGAACAAUCAGACAACGACUCUCAGCCACAACACUCAGGCACGAAAAUUGCCUUGCCUUUUGCUGACACGCCCGUGAUCCGUCGAAACAAGGAGAUGCGUGAGAACAAGAACGGCCAGCGGCGAAGCAGUCUCAGUUCAAGGGGCAGAAGGGCGAGCUCCUUGAUUGAGACUGGCAAUUCGAAUGGUGAGAUCACUCCAGAUAACCUAGUCAGACCACUCACAAACUCGAUAGCGCUACCCCAUGACGAAGUGGACAUUGCCGACUUCUACAAGCACAUCGAAGCAGACGGACUGCCAGAACCUCGACGCAUGAGACAGCUCCUCAGCUGGUGUGCGACCCGGUCGCUAGAUCAGAAGCCGAUGGGAGCGACCUUUGAGGUGUCUAGUGCUAUAGCAGCAGCACGAGUGAUACAAGACGAGCUACUGAAGGACCUGGGAAACAAGUCAGAGCUGUCAGAUUGGUUCUCGCGGGAAGAUGCCGCUCCGCCACCCAAAGAGCUCCCAGAACGACCGAAUCCUAAGAAUAUUCAGAAUACGGACAAGAUUGCCGAACUCGAACAGCAAAUCGAAAAACUCAAAUCAGAGCGAGAUGCACUGGAGAAUCUCCUCAAAUCACCUCCGAGCCAGAAACAUCCACGACCCUCGGACCUCGAUGCGUCGCUACUUAGCCCGGAGGAGGCAGAGAUGCUGCAUCAAUUACAAUCCCGACCAAACCAAACCAUAGAGUCCCGAGUGGACCAAAUUUUCGAUAAGCUGGAGCCGAAUAUCGACGCAUUUGCAGAUGGAGUGCACAAGGUGGCCCAGUACAGAGAUGCUGCAGACAAUGUCGCCAGCAGGGUUCUCUCAAUAGCGGCAGAGAAGCUGGCAGAGCAAGAGAACGAAGGCAGAAGGCGAGCAAAGCCAGAACGAGACCGAAGUCCACGACGUGACUUGGGUAGUGUGUUACGAGGGCUCAGCCGAAUAGAUCGAUAA